UCCGUAUCUCGAAUAUCCACAGGCUUUCUUUUUCGUCAAAGACUUUAGAUUUAGAUGCUGCUCAGCAGAGCUCAUCAAAGGCUUGGAAGAUUGGGACAAAAUGGUAUAAAUCGGCUAUUUUCCGUCACAGCACGAGUGUCGCAAGAAGCUAAGAAAGAUGAGAAAUCUUCAGCUUCUGAUUCCAUAAUGGGCACCAAAACAGACAUGAAAGUUCCUGAUGUGAAGUCUAAAGUUGGCGAAAAAAAGAUGCAGUCAUUUUUUGGCCGUAGCGAUGUUCCAAUCAACAUAAACUUCCCUAACAAAAGGGGAAUCGAGGGCUAUGAUCCGGAGCUUCCUCUGAAGGAUGUGAUCGAAGAAGUGCCAAACGUAGUGAGAGAGCAAACCAAGCUUCUGAAAGAUGAACUUCUUUCCACUGAGUUUACAAUCGAGAAGACCGAGUGCCUGGAAGAUCUGGGGUCGGUUCGACAAGACGAAGCUAGGAUAGAGUGGAAAUUCGACACGCCUGAGGCCUUGGCGCGCUGGCGAACUGGCUGCGAUUCUGACUGGAAUGAGGGAUUUUCAAAGGUUCAGUUUGUGCCGACCGAUACAAAUACGGCUCUUUUCAAAGGUCAUAUUUGCACCGAGGUCAUAAAAGAUGGGCGAAUACAGCGUGCUGGAUGGGCUACAAUCAAACUGGAAGAUACUAAGUUUCUCAAUCGGAAGAAGUAUCUGGGCAAGUGGAGAAAUUUUAGCCAUCUCCUCAUUAAGUGCAGAGGUGAUGGACGCAGUUACAAAGUGAUGCUUCAUGCGCCAAUGGCGAUCGACAUGACAUGGGGAGAUUCGUUCUCAUAUCCGCUGCACACACAUGGCGGACCGUACUGGCAGUAUGAGAAAAUCCCCUUUUCAAAAUUUUUCCAUACUGUUGCUGGAAGAAUCCAGGACAAGCAAUAUAAAGUGAACUUAGAAAACGUAAGCUCGCUAGGAAUUGUCCUCAUGGACAGAAUCGACGGCGAUUUCCAGUUAGAACUUGACUACAUCGGAGUAUACAACGACCGAUCACAUUUAGAAGAAUUCGCCUAUGAAACAUACACGCUUCCUCUAUGGAAUACACACGGGUUCUAGAUGAUUCGAUGUAC